CGGCGGCGGCGGCGGGGUCGGCGAUGGCUUUCGAGGCGCUGGCGGAGGCGGCGGAGCGAUGGUGCGCCCGCACGCCCUUCCAGCUCAUCGCCGCCGAGGAGACGGAGCGGCGCAUGGACUUCUACGCAGAGCCCGGCGUCUCCUUCUACGUGCUCUGCCCGGAGGCCGCCUGCGGCGACAAUUUCCACGUGUGGAGCGAAAGUGAGGACUGCUUACCUUUCCUUCAGCUUGCACAGGACUACAUCUCCUCCUGUGGGAAAAAGACACUCCAUGAAAUAUUGGAAAAAGUCUUCAAAUCCUUCAGACCUUUACUUGGGCUUCCAGAUGUUGAUGAUGAUGCAUUUGAAGAAUAUAACGCAGAUGUGGAAGAAGAGGAGCCAGAAGCCGAUCACCAACAGAUGGGUGUCAGUCAGCAGUGAUUUUCUGAGAAGCUAUAAAAAAAUUCGGAAGCCUUUGGUACCAGGUGGGGUCAGGUGGUCCCACGUUAGCCUGUUUGAAUUAGCACAUCACAAGGGGAUAUCUGGCUGCCAAGAUAAAAAUUUUACAAAAAAUGGUUUUAAAAAAAUAAUAAUAAUCCGUGAUGAGCUUUGCUAAGAAGUGACCUGAAUUUUGCUCCUGCUUCAGUGGGUUUUCUAUGGAAUUGUCUUGGUAGCAUUCUGCCGUUAUCGGUCUAGAAGUAGUUUUGUCGCUGACUUGUCUCUUCGAUUUGUGUUCGAGAGUAGUGUUUGCUGACAUGAAUGUAGAGUACUGAGAAUGUAGGAGGCGUGUGGGGAGGGUGCUGAGUCCUCACCCGUGACCUUUCCAAGGAAACCAGCGCAGAGAGCAAACACCAACUGCGCUUUUCUUUUUAGUUCAACAGCUAUAGGUUUUUGACAAAGUACCAAACAUGGAGAGACUUCUCCUGAAAAACAGUAGUUUAGUAGUGGUUGGUGCUGCAGAAGUGCAUAUUAAGGCUUAACAAAAAUAAUGGGACGUAGGAAAUCCAGGGGGUGUCAGACAUAUUGGUGUCAUUUCACUGACACCUGAGUUUCCAAGUGCUGAAUUAAUACCUGGCACCAGCAGCACACAUUAUAACCAGCCCUGGUACUUUGACACCAUGUGAUCCAAAGGCAAAUGCUGAUUUCUUACAAAUCAAGUAAAAAAUAGUUGUCGCCUAUCCCACUUCUGCAUGACAACUAACUUUAAGCUUUGCUGGUUUUGAUACACUGCCAAAUUAUUACUCAAACCUCGUGGCAUUGUGCAUUAGAAUCAUGGAAUCACAGAAUAUGCUGAGUUGGAAGAGACCCAUCAGGAUCCUCAAGUCCAACUCUUGGCCCUAGGCAGGGCACCCUAAAAGUCAAACCAUGUGCCUGAGAACAUUGUCCAAACACUUCUUGAACUCUGUCAGGUUUGUGCUGUGACCACUUCUCUGGGGAGCCUGUUCAGGUGCCGAGCCACCCUCUGGGUGAGGAACCUUUCCUGAUAACCAACCUAAUUCGCCACUGACAGUUUCAAGCCAUUCUCUUGGGUCCUGUCACUGGUCAUGAGAGUGAAGAGAUGUGUAGCUUCCCCUCCUCUUCCCCUCCUGAGGAUGCUGAAGACCACAAUGAGGUCUCCUCUCAGUCUCCUCCAGGCUGAACAAACCAAGUCACCUCAGCCACUCCUCACCAGGCUUCCCUUCCAGACCCUUUACCAUCCUUGUUGCCAUCCUCUGGGCACUCUCUAAUAGUUAAAUGUCUUCUUUACAUUGUGGCUCCCAAAACUGCCCCCAGCACUUAAGGUGAAGCCACCCCAGUGCAGACCAGAGCAGAGCAGGACAGUCCCCUCCCUUGCCUGGCUGGCCAUGCUGUCCCUGAUGUCCCCCAGGACACACUUGGCUCUCCUGGCUGCCAGGGCACUGCUAACUCACAUUCAACUUGCCAUCAGUCAGGACCCCAGGUCCCUUUCCACAGUGCUGCUCUCCAGCCUCUCAUUCCCCACUCUUUACACAGAGCCAGGGUUGUCCUGUCCCAGGUGCAGAAUCCAGCACUUGCCCCUGCUAAACUUCACACAGUUGGUGAUUACCCAUCUCUUUAAUUUGUCGACGUCUCUCUGCCCUCUAGAGUUGACAGCUCCUCCCAAUUUAGUGUCAUCAGCAAACUUACUUAGUAUUCCUUCAAGUCCUGUGUCCUGGUUGUUAAUGAGAUGUUGAAGAGCACAGGGCCAAGGAUGGAGCCCUAUGGAACCCCACUGGUGACAGAUCACUGGUCUGAUGUCACCCCAUUCACUGUAACCCUUUGUGCCCAGCCUGUGAACCAGCUACUGACCCAUCCAUGACAUGUUUAUCCAGCUGUGUGCUGGACAUUUUGGUCAGAAGGAUACUUUUGAUAGAGUAUCAAAAGCUUUACUGAACUCCAAAUAUAUGACAUCAACUUGCUUCCCUUGAUCAACCAGGUGAAUUACCUUGUCAUAAAAGGAAGUCAGGUUUGACAAGCAGGACUUUGCCUUCAUGAAGCCAAGCUGGCUGUGACCAGUGACUGAAUUGUACUCCAGGUGUUUUUAUAUACCUUCCAGAAUAAUAUUUUCCAUUAUUUUACUGGGAACUGAAGUGAGACUGACAGGCCUGUAUUUUCCAGACUCUUCCUUGAGCGCAACUUGAAUGCAACUUAACCCUGAAGCCAUAAGGGUAUCAACCAGCACCUGGCUCUUAAAAUUAUGCUGGACCUCUUCCUGGGCCUUUGAGCAAGUCUGGGCAUGUACACCUUAUUGGUGGGGAGCUAAAAUACUGCUUCAGCUGAUAUAAAAUCUAGUGAGGUUUUACUUGUCAGGGGACUUGCUCCCUAAGGGGUUUGGUGAGGCCCUUAGUAAUAAGGAAAAGAUGACCCCUCAUACUUUUUACCUGUUUUACAUAGCUCCAAGUAACUUGGAUGAGUGCCAGACUGUGAAGAUGCAGGGUCUCUUUAUUUACUUGCCUUUUGUACUGAAAAUAUAAGAAGCAAAGGUAAUUCUGAUGUAAUACAGCUGUUUUCCACAACCAAGAACGAUGUUUCUAAAUUAACUCCUUUUUUUCCAGUUUUUUAAAUGUUGUAAAAUGAUGGUCACACGCUUCAAAAGCCCUUUUAUACAGAAUUAGCUUUAUAAAAGCAAAGAGUGAGCGAAGAGAAAAUGCUUGGACAAUUCCUAUAAAUAACUCGCAUCAUUUUGAAAACCCUGUUGUUAAUGAUGUUUCCUUUUCAAUACAUUUUUUAAAGACUCUUUUUCCAGGGUUACUAAAGAGAGCAAGUUUUCUUGAUGGUUUACAUUUAUGAUGGUUUGAGAGAUGCAUAGCACAUGACUUUUCCGUCGGAGGCAAAGAUCUUCCAUAACUGGGAUGAUGUGUGUUACCGGAGUCUGCACAGAAGUGUCUGCAACACUGUAAAAGUCAGAGUCUAAGAAUAUAAAAAAAAAAAGUGGAAGAAAACCAGAGCUUAAUGCAACUUUGUACAUUCUUUCAGCAUGCAGGCAUAGACAUGGUAGUGGCAGCACCUUUUCUAUGGACUAGUGAUGUGAGAACUGUGGCAGUUCACUGUAUAACACUGUAUAGCAGCAAUAGGCUUUUUGCUUACUGAAAUAAAGUGUAAGACCAGUGGUUUCCA